AUGGAUUCGUUUUCACAUCUGGGAAACCAGUUUGAAGUCGACUCCGAUGUGCAAUCAAUUACCUCUGAUGUGCUAUACCAAGGACGUAGCAGUGGUAUCAGGGGUGCUAAUGGGGCACGUAGACGACGAGACUCGGACGACGAUGGCGAAUCCACGACCCUUGGAACCGAUUUGGGAGAUGAUAACGAUACAUUGUCGCUAAUUAGUGGACGAGGAGGUGAUGGAAUCAACCACCUGGGUGCUAUUGGCGAAGGAUCAAACGGCCAUGGAUACGGUGCCAAUGGUAACCAUUUCCAUGAUAUCAAUGGCCCAGCAGCAGGUGCUUAUGCUGCUGCCACAACAAGCAAUUUCCUCGAUAGCGAGAGUGUUUUCGAAGACGAGAUCGAGUUUGAUGAGAGCACGCUCCCAGAACACGCUUGCUCAUCGAGACACAAGAUUGUUGCUCUGCACCCGGAAAGCGAGCUCGGAGACACGACUUUGGAGUGCUACAACUGUGGAAGUAAGAAUGUGUUUUUAUUGGGAUUUAUCAGUGCUAAAAGUGAGACUGUGGUGGUGAUUCUGUGUAGACACCCGUGUGCUUCUGGCGGAGGAAGCGGUGGUGGAGCCGGAGGUGUCAACUGGGACACUGCGGAAUGGCAGCCUCUUAUUGAAGAGAGAAGUUUGCUUUCGUGGCUUGUGACAGUUCCUUCUGAAAAGGAGCAGCUCAAGGCCAGACAUAUUUCACCUAAUGAGAUAUUGAAAUUAGAGGAGUUAUGGAGGGUUAAUGUUAAUGCCAAGCUCUCAGAUAGUUCUAAAUUUGAUGAAGAAGAGAUUGAAAUCGCUCCAGUAGCUCUUCGUUAUGACGAUGCUUAUGAAUAUCAAAGAUGUUUUAGUCCACUUGUUAAAGUUGAGGCUGAAUAUGAUAAAAGGCUUGUUGAAUCGCAGACUCAAACUGAUGUCACGGUUAGUUGGGAUCUUGGUUUGAGUAAGAGACAUUUGGUUUCAUUCGUACUCAACAAGCUGGAUCUGUCUGAUAUCAAGAUUUCUCUUGGAGAUGAAAUCAGAGUUAAAUAUGAAGGUGGCAAGGCUUGGGAAUCAAAUGGUUACGUUGUUAAGAUUCCUGAUGGAGUGUCUGAUGAGGUUACGGUUGAGCUCAGGUCUAGUCAUGUGCCUCCUCCCACUGAGUAUACCACCGACUACUCAGUUGAGUUUGUCUGGUCCAACACUACGUACUACCGUACUCAACAGGCGUUGACACGAUUUGCUACCGAAGAAACUUCAGUCAGUGGUUAUAUCUACCAUAAGCUUUUGGGCCAUGAUAUUGAGUCUUUGCAGUUGCAUGUUAAUGUUCCCAGAGUAUUAUCUGCUCCAGGUAUUGCUGAAUUGAAUGCCUCUCAGCAGAACGCUGUCAAGUCAGUGCUGCAGAUGCCUUUAUCGCUGAUUCAAGGUCCUCCUGGUACUGGUAAAACUGUCGUGUCUACUACUAUUGUGUAUCACUUGGUUAAAAUCACCAAAGAACCUGUCUUGGCAUGUGCUCCUUCGAACGUUGUAGUUGAUCAACUUGCUGAGAGAUUGGAGAAAACUGGGUUGAAUGUGGUUCGUAUGACUGCUCGUACCAGAGAACAUCUUAGCAGUAACGUGGACCAUUUGACGCUUCAUAACAAGGUGGCUCAAGAUAAGAAAAACACCGAACUUUUGAAGCUGAUGGAGCUCAAGAACGAAUUAGGCGAACUCAAUGUUGCAGAUGAGAAGAAGUAUACCAAAUUGAUGAAGGCUGCUGAGAGACGGAUUAUUGAAAAUGCCGAUGUCAUUUGCUGUACAUGUUCCGGAGCUGGAGACGCCAGACUGAAGAGCAAAAGAUUCCGCACUGCUCUUAUUGACGAAAGUACUCAAGCCACCGAGCCGGAGUGUUUAAUUCCUAUUGUACACGGAUGUAAACAGCUUGUUCUUGUUGGUGAUCACCAGCAACUGGGUCCCGUGGUAACCAACAGAAGAGUAGCCAAGGCCGGACUGUCUAAGUCGCUUUUUGAGAGGCUGAUUGUGCUUGGUCAUAAACCCAUUCGACUUACUGUUCAAUAUCGUAUGCACCCAAGUCUCAGUUUAUUCCCUAGUAACAUGUUUUACGAGGGAAGUUUGCAGAACGGUGUGACUACUGAGGAAAGAGUUCGUCCCCAAGAUGAUUUCCCCUGGCCUGUUGCUGAGACUCCUAUGAUGUUCUGGUGUAACUUGGGUCAGGAAGAGAUUUCCUCAUCGGGUCUCAGUUACUUGAAUAGAUCUGAAGCGGCCAGCUGUGAAAAGUUGAUUAGUCGUUUCUUCAAGGCUGGAGUCAGUCCUUCGCAGAUUGGUGUUAUUACUCCAUACGAAGGACAGCGUACUUAUCUCAAGCAAUACAUGGUUUCAGCAGGAGAAAUGAAUCAACAGCUGUACCGAGAAGUUGAAAUUGAGUCUGUGGACGCUUUCCAGGGUCGUGAAAAGGAUUAUAUUAUUCUCACUUGUGUUCGUUCCAAUGACCAUCAAGGUAUUGGUUUCUUAAGUGACCCCCGUCGUCUUAACGUUGCUAUCACAAGAGCCAAGUAUGGUCUUGUUCUAUUGGGUAACCCUCGAGUUUUAUCGAAGAACUCGCUGUGGUCUCACUUGUUAAACCACUUCCGCCAACGAGGCUGUCUUGUCGAGGGUACUUUGAACAAUCUCCAAAAGAGUAUGAUUCCUCUUUCCAAGCCCAGAAUGCCUUAUCGUGCCAGAAGGAACAUUGAGGCCGAAUUCGGAAACCGCGGCAUGCCUUCUCUUGACCCCUACAGAAACUUCUCUGCACCAUUUGGUGCUUCUACAGAUGACGCUUCUAGUAUCAUUUCUGCUCCAUCUGCUAUUGAAAGUAUCUCUGGUCCAAUUGGCAGCAACUUACCAAUGAUAUUCUCACAGGGUUAUGAGGUUCAAAAUGAAUGGCCUGGUCGUGAACCGGGCGGGGAACCUUCGUUGGACCUUCAAAACAGAGCUCUUGGCAACAGUAUGAGCGAGCGAGUGGCUCAACUCUUUGAAAAUCCCGAGGAUGGCGAUGACCAUGACUCGCUGGAUGACGAUCUUCGCAGCGUCAGCACUGCUUUCACAAAUAGUGUCGGUCUGUACUAG